UGCGGCCACUGAUCAUAUCGUAGACAGGAAUGCCUGUGCUGCUGUUGCUGUCCUCGUCAACGACCGGUUGUAUUUGUCUGAACCGGUAGUCUGAUAGCUCUGUGAAGAUAUGCCCUGCAAGGACACCAUGACCAUCAUGACGCUGCUGCUAGUCCUGGGAUGCGGAUUCCAGGCGGGUCAUAUAUCUCUGCCCGCAAUCAGGGCAAUGGCAGUCGGAGGCUGUGCACAGGCUGGUUCGGCCUAUCAAUAUCAAGCGCGAGCACGAUAUCUUAAUGAGUACAUUGGAUGUGAUACAAGCGUAUAUACGUUUUGCGUUUUGUGAAAAGCGACUCACGCGCACCAUCAUCGGCCCCACCGUCGAAUGUAAAAGGGAUACCCAUAAUAUAGCA